UACCCGGCAGGUGAGGCCGGAACAAAGCACGGCAGACAGGCAGGCUGGCAAGGAAUUCCCAAAACAAUCAAAUUCAAUCCCCUUCGCCUUAAAAAAAAAAACACAAAAAUCAUGGCAUCUUCGGCGUCAACGGCACUGCCCAAAAUCCUACCUUCUUGUCCGAAAAUCCCAUCAAUCAUUUCGCGCCCAUGCCCACCCCAAUUCUUAAUCACUAAACAACGCAUACCACUUGUUGGAAUUGGAAGAAGGAUCUUCCAAAAAUCUGCCAUAAAAGCGACAGCGCCCUCUGGUUCCUCAUCUCCAGGACUCCACUCGGCCCAGCAAUUCGAGCUCAACCCUCGAAACGUAGACCUUGUUCUAGAGGAGGUUCGGCCUUACUUGAUUUCUGAUGGUGGAAACGUCGAUGUUGUGUCUGUUGAAGAUGGUGUUAUCACUCUCAAACUCCAAGGAGCAUGUGGGAACUGUGCUAGCUCAGAAACCACCAUGAAAAUGGGAAUUGAAAGAGUUCUUAAAGAAAAAUUUGGAGAUGCUGUUCGAGAUAUUCGCCAAUUAUCUUUCGAAGAACCAAAGGAGACAACCGUUGAGGCAGUAAAUGAUCAUCUGGAUAUACUGAGACCAGCUAUUAAAAACUUUGGAGGGAGCGUGGAAGUGCUAUCUGUUGAGAAUGGGGAAUGCCGUGUUGAGUACACGGGACCUGAGUCUAUUGGUUCAGGAAUCAAAGCAGCAAUUAAGGAGAAGUUUCCAGACAUUGUGGGUGUUGUUUUUGUUGGCUAGAUCCGCAAGGAUCUGUAUCAGAAAUCCAGUUUGCUGACUAACCAUGUAGAAAUACAUGGAAGACUGCUGCACUUUAAUCUAUAGUUAAGCUUAGAUGCAGCCCUUGUCUCUUGUAUUUUUUUCCCCCUUCUUUUUCCAUGUCUUCUGUUAUUCUUCUGAUGCGAACAUGGGUGUAUACUUUUUCGAAGAAUCAACGAAUAAAAUUAAUUAGAGAAAUUGCAGA